CGAGGGGGUCGGCGUUCCUCGGCUGGGAAGGGCAUGGGGCCGCCUGUUGCUUUUCCAGAGGGUCGCGCACGCCGUUGGCCCCGCUGAGGGGUUGAGAGGCCCUCGCCCUGCUGGGAGAAGGGCUCCUUUUCGUUACUGAGGUGAUGGCGGCGGGAGGGGGGAGUGUCUCUGCCCCCACCUCCACGUCGGCAGGCGAUAGAUGCUCCUCACCUUGCCGAGGCAAAGGGAGGCGGUCUGGUUACCUGAAAGAGGGGAGCGACGUUAGUGCUCCUAGCCCAGUGGGAGUUGGGGGGUGGAGAUGGAGGUGGAUGUGGGGGGAUGCCUCUGCCCCCUACACCAGGGCGGGGGAGGGUGUUGCCAGGCAGAAGAUCGCGGUCUUUCUGGCCGCGCCUUACGGGCGGGGGAGGAAGAGGCUGACCCGCUCACGGGGAAGGCGGGGGCCUGGUCCAGCGGAGGUGUGGGGUGGGCGGCCAUCCGAAGGGUGAGGCCUGCCAGGGGGCCGUUUUGGCCCCUGCUGGCUGAAGGGUGGGGAGCCAUCCCCGCGCUUCUCCCGCCUUCCGCGGGGAGGCGGGAAUUCUCCAUCUUUUUUGGAGGAGGGGAGCGGGAGGAGGGAAGUACGAAGGCCAUGCCCCGAGGGUGAUGCGUGCCGCGGCCGUAGUACUUAUAAGGGAGAGCUGGAAGAGGCCGAACCGUAUCCCACAAAGGGUGGAUUGGGCCUCCCCUCUUUCCUCCUAACUCUCGAGAGCCGGAGGCGCCACCAGUUCCUUCCUGGAUAGGAGGGCAGGCAAUUGGCACCUCAAGGAAGGUGGGAGUCAAUCAUUUUGACAAGUCUCCCGAAAGGAACAGCUAACAGGAGCUGAAACCUUUUCCAUUUGGUCUCGUGGCAAAGGCAGAGAUCACGCCAGCAGCUCCACACAGUAUGGAAGACAAUUCUUUAUCUUCUUAUAUGACGUGCUCACUAGUGCCCUCUAAACAAUCUUCUGGUACCUCUCUCUUGCCUAAAGACAAUGCCCCAUUUUCUUGGGGUUCCUUGGAUGAGGAUGGACUGGAUGACUCCCUGCUGGAGCUGUCUGAUGGAGAAGAUGAUGGCCAUUUCAGUUUCACAGAGGAAGAGAUUCAGGAGCUCUUAAAGGAUGAUGACUUAUCAAAUGAGCACUUGUCUUGGGGAGGAGAGUUGCUUAAAGAUGACAGCAGGAAUGUUGAGAAGGAAGGGAGGAAUGAAAUUCUACUUGAUGCUCCCCAAGAGGAAAAAUCAUUGUACAGCUUGGGACCAGUAGCUGAGACCCCUGGCCUCUUCAAACUACCUCAACUAAGUACAUCAGUUGGUCAUGGACCAACUCCUACAAAACCAUUGAAUAGACGCUUUGCACUAGAAAAUAAUCUUAUAAAAAUAACAAUUGUUGCACCAUUUGAUCCAACAGUUUGUGAUGCUGUACUUGAUAAGGACAAGACUGAUACAUCCAAAGACAUUGGAAAACCCUCCUCCCUUGGAGAAGAGUUGAGUGAAGAUGAGCUUAGCCCAAAUGAGAGCACACUUUGCACAGAAUCUGAAGGGAUCGGCUCCAGUAACUCUGCCUAUGAUAGGCCCCCACUCCCUUCUUCAAACAAUAACUUUCAACAGACUGUCUCCAAUAAAAAUAUGUCUGACAGUAAGAAACCUGCACUUCUCAGAUUCUCUCAAAUCUUGGACCAUUCAGAGACUUCUAAUACAGGGUCAUCAUGGAGAAAUGGAUCACAUAAAUCAAGUUGUGAAAUGAGGUUUCCAGUUGUUUCCAGUUCAUCAAACAAAAAGCAGGAUGUUCCUGACAAGGAUUCUGGGAAGCUGAAAGUCCGUGAGAAAAGACUAGGCAAAGUCAUUCCUGUUCUACAAGCCAAAACAAGGACUCAUGUUCCAACGUUUUCACCGUCAGAUCUAGAAGAGCAGAAGCAAAGUUAUCUCAGGAAUGUAAUCGCUCAUAUAGAAGACCCAGUGGAUUCUAACCAAGGUACCUUGGGGGAGCUGUGUGCCUUGAUGGAUCAAGUUCAUCACAUGCAUAACCAAAAAUGGCAGCAUCCUUCGGACCUCACCAGGCGGAACUAUGCCCGGUUCCGACAGAAGUCUCUGCAAAGAUACAGUCUGACUCAGUGGGUUGACAGGAACAUGCGAAGCCACCACCGAUUCCAGUGUCUACAGGAUUUUCCAUAGUCCUUUUGCCUCUUCCCAUCAGCCGUGAAGGUCCCUAUCCAGGGUCCUGUUCAGAGCAGCAUCUUAUCUUCUACUGUUUCAUGCUUUGUAGAUUUUGAAUUUUAUUUUUCACAACAUUUUUAUUUAAAGAAUCUGUUACCUUUUGGAAAUACCCAUUGCUGACUUGAAGUUUUUUGUAUAAGGUCCUUUCUGUUUGUGUGUGUGUAUGCAUUUAGGCAAUGUUGAGUUGAUACAGUUUUAAUUUUUAAAUUUACAUUGAAGGUGGCUGCCUCCUAAAAGCCAGCAUUGAGCCAAAACACCCAGGCUCAAGCAAAACACCCACCUCUGCAGAGAGGUGAAGUCUGCUUCUAGUGCCCCAAAAAAGUCAUCCUUUAAUCUCCUGUGAGGAAGGGAUUCUUUAUCAGGCUGCAAGCCAGUGUUAGUUAUUGCUGAUGACUUAUAAAAUGGAUACAAGUCACUUUAAACAAUCCCUCCUACUUUUCUAUUUGAAUCUCUAAGUAUCUGUCAGUGUUUUAAAGUUAGUAAUCCAGGACUUCUGAAGUAGUUGAAAGGACAAAUUAAAAGUAUUAAUCUCUUUUGUGUACCUACUAGCUGCCUUUAUUUUUUUUAGCUUUUUUUCAUUCUUCAUUAAAUUUGUUUUGCACAAUAGUGUUUACAAAUCUGACACAUUUUAACUCUGACAGAAGACCGGUGACUAACAAAUAGCUUCUGCUGGUUUGUGGUCUUGUUACUAGUCACCUUCUCUGCCUUUCUUUUUUUCCUCAGUGACCUUUGGGCUCUACCAGCAUAUUCCUAUAUCCUGUUAGACACAGAUAUAUGCCUCUUAAGAACAGCAUCCCUGUGCUCUUUACUGAAGAGGUGCCCACCUGGAGUCUUGACUCUGUGAUAGGCCAGAAAGCCAGUGCUAUUGAGAGGUGACAGUUGGUCUUCAGUUUCAUCUGCUGAACCCCAGCUUCAAGUAUGAGUUGUUGUGUUAAUCAGUGAGCCUCCAUCCUAUGGGAGAGACUCUGGAGAGGCAGUCUUUUGUCUGUAUUAUUAGUUAACAAGAGGUGCCUUUUGAUCCUGGAUGCUACCAUUUCCUCACUUGGUCAAACCUCUGAUGUACAAUUUUACAAGACUACUAAAGUGGAUCUAAUGUAGUUUUGAUUAAGCCCGUGUACAAAGUAUUACCUGAUCUUAAGGAUUGGUAUUCUGACCCAAGUUGACAGGUUCUGUGCAGCCACCUUACUGGAUGUCCUAGGAGUUCGUUAUUCUCUUUACAGACAGCUCUAGAUAUCUCUUGGGAGAUUUUGCAGUCGGCAUUUGUGCUGUUAUUGUUCACUCUCUGUCAAGGUGGUACCCAGCUGCUGUAGCACAGCCUGUGGUACUGAGCUCGCUGACUCUGUCUGGUUUCGUUGUUCAGUCAGCUCCAUCUUUGUAUGCAAGUAACCCAUCUUAAAUAUCCUACCCUGCUUCAGAAACUGACUUGGGGAAAUGCUCGGUCAUAGUUUCCAGUAAAUUUAGAUGGAUGUAAACUAUUUCUAUCUGGUCAAGGAUUCUCUCUUCCUUGAACAUUUGUUUAGAGUCUGGGACCAAAAUGCAAAGGAGAAGUUCUGUUCAAAAGCAAGAGUCAGAAUCUAUUAUUUCAAUUGGUAUUUAUCAUAACACUUUUCCAGGCUUCCCUAAAUUAGCUUGAUGAAGUAAGACAAGCAAGCAUCUGCCUUUGGAACUAUAGGAUAGUUAGAAUUAAUUGUAGCUGGGUAACUAGCAUUGCGGUUAUCUUGUUCCCUACAGAUAACCAAGAAGUAAAGGGACAGCCUUUUACUUAGUCAAAAGACUAAGACUCGUGUUCCUGCCUUCCUAGUACAGGAGGGUUUAAGUCUGGUGUAAUGGGAGCAUCGCCUUUGCCAAAUCAAAUGAGUAACGGGUUAACUAGAAAAUGUGACAAUCACAUUUCCUCUUUGCUCAAAUAAUUCUGUUUUUCUAAAGCUUUAGCAGCUUAAUUAAAUCUGUUGGACUGGGGGAGGAGAGAACUGUUCCCUAGCGGUUAACAUGGUAUUCUUUAAGAAGAAAAAGCCAAAGAAAACUUAUUAUUAGGCAUGUUCGCCUUAAAGAUGGUAGUGGGUAGAAUCUGGAGUUUUAAUCUGUUUUUAAAGCUACAUACAUUUGGUGUUGGCCGCUAAGUCUAACGUAGAAUUCUUGCCAUGUUGUUUUAUUUUAGUAUUGGUUGUGUGCAUUUAACUGCCUGCCUAGCUUUUCUUCAUCCAUGAUAACAUUCUCACCACAGGGGUCUUAAAGCAGAUGAGAAACUGGCUGUUUACAUAGUUGACUUGUAAGUAUAGAGCCUGAAAUAACCUAUAGUUUUGCAUCUAAGGCAGACCCCAAUUUACUUGAGUUGUUGUCAGGAUCAAUUAUGAAACUGAAGUUUGGUGCCUCCUCUUUAUCAUGUUUUUCCCCUUGUAGCAGUUGUGUUUAAUGUCAUUAAAAAGAAAUAAAAGUUCUUGUCAGUG